CCCAGGAAGGCGCCAGGUGCCCUGUCGCAGCAGUUCGCACUCCGCAGGGCACCACCGUCCACCUCCACCGCCACCGAUCGGUAGCAACGCGCACCACCGCGUCGUCGUACGGCAGCACACGGAAAGAGAGAGAGAGAGAGAGAGAGAGAGAGAGGAAUGGGCGACCACGAGGGUCACGGGGUCGAUUUCGAGAAGAAGGCCGAUCAGAAGCUCUCCGGCUGGGGCCUCUUCGGCAAUAAGUACGAGGAAGCCGCCGACCUCCUCGACAGGGCUGGCAGCUUCUUCAAACUCGCGAAGAACUGGAGCAGAGCGGCUGCGGUAUACAAAAAGAUUGCAGAUUGUCAUUUGCAGGGGGAUAACAAGCACGAUGCUGCCUCUGCUUAUGUUGAGGCAGCAAACUGCUACAAGAAGUUCUCCCUGCAAGAUGCUGCACAAGCACUUAACAGUGCCGUUAAUCUUUUCCAGGAAAUCAGUAGACUGAACAUGGCUGCAAGAUACAGCAAGGAUAUCGGUGAAAUCUAUCUGCAAGAACAAGAUUUAGAGAAUGCCGCAGUCUACCUGAAUCGCGCUGCUGAUCUUUUUGAUAGUGAGGGACAAUCCUCUCAGGCAAACAGCAUGACACAGAAAAUCGCUGAAAUAUAUGCUCAGCUGGAAAAGUACCAGAAAGCAACCGAGCUCUUUGAAGAAAUUGCUCGUAAAUCAAUAAACAAUAACCUUCUCAAGUACGGUGUCAGAGGCACUCUUCUUAAUGCGGGCAUUUGCCAACUUUGUAGAGGUGAUGUUGUUGCUAUAAAUAAUUCAUUGGAGCGCUAUCAGGACAUUGACCCAACCUUCUCAGGGACACGCGAAUACAAGCUUUUGGCAGACCUUGCAGCCUCUACGGAUGAAGGAGACGUUGGCAAGUUUACUGAUGCAGUAAAGGAGUUUGACAGCAUGACACGCCUGGAUCCUUGGAAAACAACUCUCCUUCUGAAGGCAAAGAACGAGUUGAAGAAAAAGGAGGAGGAUGAGGAUGAUCUAACCUAGGCUCUGUUCCACAAAAGGUUUCAUGAUUUCGUUGAGGAUGCCGUGAAAUCAUUACACAAGAUUGUUUGAUAUAAGUAUGGAUAUACAAAACCUCCUGGAUACCGCAUUUGGAAUCCAGUAGCUGCCAUUUAUAUAUAUGGCAUCCUAUAUGUUGCAUUUGUGGAUUAUUGUUCAUGGUUAUAUAUGCUACCCAUAUUACUC